AUGCAGGGCAGGCUGGUUCUUGUGGUGACCUGGACUUCGGCAGGCAAAAUGCCCUUAGCCAAAUGUGAAGGCCUUUGGGUGAGAAAUUAUCUGAUGGGCACUGCCUGGCUGCACAGCUCGUGUGUGAGUGGAGGUUCAUAUGUAAACUUUGUCACCUGGCUGGACUUCAUGUACUGGAGUAUCCAGAGGUACUGCCAUUCGUUCAUUCAGCGGGGCGCCUUAUGCAGAGCGAACCAGAGAGAAGAUGUCAAAUUUAAGAAAAGGAAAAAUCACCUGUCUACGUGUAUGUCUCCAGUACUGCAGUUCUUGGAGAAGUAUCUCGUUGUGGCAUUGCACUGUUGUGUCACUUACCGCCCGACUGCAGGAGGGGAGCUGGUGGCAUCCCUGAUUAACGGGUCGGUGUGCGCUGGAGUCCGCUCAGUUCUUCUUCCCGUCGGAUACUUCAGGUGGUGGUACAAGAAGACCCGCAUAGAGAAGAAAUCUGCCUUCAUUGACCUUUUGCGAGCUGUUCCUCUGCAGCAGAUCUAUGGGUGCCCGCUGGGCGGGAUUGGGGGAGGCACCAUCACCCGUGGCUGGCGAGGCGAGUUCUGCCGGUGGCAGCUGAACCCUGGGAUUUAUCACUACGAAACAGUCAUUGCCGACCAGUUCACAGUGUGCUUGCGGUGCAAGGGACAGACUGUUUACCAGCAGGUCUUGUCUGUGGAGAGACCCAGCACUCUGCAGGGCUGGAACUGGGGCUACUGUGGCCACUACGCCUUCUACCAUGCCCUGUACCCCCGUUCAUGGAUGGUCUACGAGCUCCCAGGGCAGAAUGUGGUGCUUACUUGCCGCCAGGUCUCUCCUGUCAUCCCCCAUGACUAUAAGGACUCCAGCCUGCCGGUGGGAGUGUUCAUCUGGGAGGUGGAGAAUGGGAGGGAUGAGGACGUGGACGUCUCCAUCAUGUUCAGCCUGCAGAAUGGCACGGGAACGAAGGAGGACAGGAGUGGAGGGCACUGGAACGAGCCCUUCACCUUCGAGAAGGAGGGCGAGCGGGUUGCUGGAGUCCUGCUGCACCACUGCACAGACGUGAACCCCUUCACCCUUGCCAUCUCCGCACGGGAGAAGGCUGGCACGGCAGUCACCCACAUCACAGCAUUCAAUCCCAUGGGACUGGGUAGAGAGGUGUGGCAGGACCUCCUGCAAGACGGCAGGUUGGAUUCCCCCACUGGUCAAAGCAGCUCGACAGAGAAGGGGGAAGUGACAGCAGCAGCGGUGUGUGCCACCUGCAGGGUGCCUGCCCAGGGGCACGGGAUGCUGGAGCUGGCCCUGGCUUGGGACAUGCCCCGUGUUCACUUUGGGUCCAAGGAGAAGCUGCACCUCAGGCGGUACACACGGUUUUUUGGCAGCAGAGGCGAUGCCGCUCCUGCCCUGUCGCACCAUGCCCUGACACACUAUGAGGAGUGGGAGAGGAAGAUUGAAGCAUGGCAGAAACCCGUCCUAGAGAACAGCCAGCUGCCUUCCUGGUACAAGUCGGCCCUCUUCAAUGAGCUGUACUUUAUGACAGACGGGGGGACCAUCUGGCUGGAGGUGCCUCCAGACUGCUGUGCCGAGGACCUGCAGGGGCCGGCGGGGGCUGGCCUCUCCCACCUCCUCCCUGUCCUGCGGGAGUACGGAAGGUUUGCUUAUUUGGAAGGCCAAGAGUACCGGAUGUACAAUACCUAUGAUGUCCACUUCUACGCCUCCUUUGCUCUCGUCAUGCUGUGGCCCAAGCUGCAGAUUAGCCUGCAGUAUGACAUUG